AUGCCAAGAGUUAGCAAACCACGAUCAGGAGUUCGUCAGCAGGAUGAACCACCGUCCAGUACUCAACCGUCCGUCGAAUUACCGAGCAAUUUGGGCGAGUUAUCCAUUUUAGAGUUGAAGAACCUUUGCCGCGAACUCAACUUUUCCUGCGCUGACGGCCGACGGGUACUUACAACAGGUCUACAGAACGAAAGAGAACAUCUAAACACUAAUACGCCACAAUCCAACAUUCAAACC